GGCAUUUGCCUUCACUCACCUGCUUCGUCUUCUUCCCUCGCUUCGACUCCAUCCUCUUCCACGUACUCCCUGCUUCUCUCCAUCCCUCCGCGAUUCUUCCUCGUCUCCGAGGAUCCACUAAAUCAGCUCGGGCGUCAGCUGCCGCCUCGCCCGCCGUUGAUCUUGCGGGCCUCACCUUCCUCUGUUGACCGUUUGGAAGGAAAUGAGAGCAAAUUGAAUAACCGGACCGUUUAUCUGCUGGGGCUGUGAUGGGUUUCUCUCAUCGUUUCAAUCUCUCUGUCCGGAGACCACCGAUGGCUGUUUGGCUGUGGAUUUCUCUGAUACUUCUGCAGGGGAGUGUAGGAGUGCUCUCUGAUUCCAAUUAUUUGAUUGGUCUCGGGAGCUACGACAUUACUGGGCCUGCUGCUGAUGUUAACAUGAUGGGUUAUGCGAAUAUGGAACAGACCGCUGCGGGUGUUCACUUCAGGCUUCGAGCGAGGGCGUUCAUUGUGGCAGAACCGCAAGGGAAGCGUGUUGUGUUCGUGAAUCUUGAUGCUUGCAUGGCAUCUCAAUUGGUGACAAUCAAAGUGCUCGAGAGAUUGAAAGCAAGGUAUGGUGACUUGUAUUCUGAAAGUAAUAUAGCUAUCAGCGGAAUUCAUACGCAUGCUGGUCCCGGUGGCUACCUCCAAUAUGUUGUAUAUAUCGUCACAUCUCUUGGAUUUGUGCGCCAGUCAUUUGAUGUCGUUGUUGAUGGCAUUGAAAAGAGCAUCAUAGAAGCUCAUGAAAAUCUCAGGCCAGGAUCAGUUUUCGUGAAUAAAGGGGAACUUUUGGAUGCGGGAGUAAACCGCAGUCCCAGUGCUUACCUCAAUAACCCCAUGGAAGAACGCAGCAAAUACAAGCAUGACGUUGACAAAGAAAUGACACUUUUGAAGUUUGUGGAUAGCGAGUGGGGACCAGUGGGUAGCUUCAAUUGGUUUGCUACACAUGGAACUUCUAUGAGUCGUACAAACUCGUUGAUUAGUGGGGAUAACAAAGGCGCAGCUGCUCGUUUUAUGGAAGAUUGGUUUAACAAGAAUGGUGUCGAAAUGUCAAAUUCCAAUGAUCGUGAAUAUGGUGGAGUUCCACGAAGAGUCUCAAACAUUUUACAUGAAGUUCAUGAUAAUCAUCAUGAAUUAUUGGAGCUUGCUGCAUCAUUCCAGUCUCCCCCUGGUAAACCAGCGACUAAGAGACUGAGUGUUGCUAGACGUGUCAGGAGUGCUCUAAGGCAGACUGAGAAACCUGGAUUUGUAGCUGCUUUUUGUCAAACGAACUGUGGCGAUGUUAGCCCAAACGUGCUUGGAGCAUUCUGCAUCGACACUGGCUUACCUUGUGACUUCAAUCACAGUACCUGUGGUGGGAGGAACGAGUUGUGCUAUGGCCGUGGACCAGGUUACCCAGAUGAAUUCGAAAGCACACGUAUAAUUGGAGAGAGACAAUUUGAAAAAGCUUUGGACCUUUUCAACAAAGCAUCUGAACAGUUGCAAGGGAAGGUUGACUUCCGUCACGCAUAUUUGGAUUUUUCCAAGCUUGAGGUGACAAUACCUAAUCAGGGAGGAGGUUCAGAAGUGGUAAAAACAUGUCCUGCUUCAAUGGGAUUUGCAUUUGCUGCAGGAACGACGGAUGGACCAGGAGCUUUUGAUUUUAAGCAAGGGGAUGACCAGGGAAAUCCUUUUUGGAGGCUGGUCCGCAACUUACUUAAAAAUCCAAACCAGACACAAGUUGAUUGUCAGCAUCCGAAGCCCAUCUUGCUCGAUACUGGUGAAAUGAAGCAGCCAUAUGAUUGGGCGCCUUCAAUUCUUCCGAUUGAAAUGUUCAGGAUAGGACAGUUAGUCAUUCUUAGCGUACCUGGAGAGUUCACAACUAUGGCCGGGAGGCGUCUCCGUGAGGCUGUAAGGACAGUGCUUACAAGUGGAGGUAAAGGACAUUUCAACGGCGAUGUCCAUGUUGUUAUAGCCGGGUUGACCAAUACCUAUUCUCAGUAUGUGACCACUUUUGAAGAGUAUCAGAUCCAGCGAUAUGAGGGUGCCUCCACACUGUAUGGUCCCCACACUCUCAGUGCAUAUAUCCAAGAGUUCAAGAAACUUGCAAGCGCAAUGUUAAGUGGCCAACCUGUUCAACCAGGUCCGCAGCCCCCUGAUCUUCUAGCUAAACAGAUAAGCUUACUCACGCCAGUUGUGAUGGACGCAACACCAGCUGGAGUGAACUUUGGGGAUGUCAAAUCUGAUGUGCCCAAGAACUCCACUUUCAAGAGAGGCGACAUGGUGUCGGUGGUCUUCUGGUCAGCUUGCCCAAGGAACGACCUGAUGACUGAAGGUACAUUUGCCCUAGUGGAGGCGCUCCAAGGAGAAGAUACUUGGGUUCCGUCUUACGAUGAUGACGAUUUCUGCCUUCGGUUCAAAUGGUCUAGACCUUCAAAACUGAGCACUCGAAGCAUGGCCACCAUAGAAUGGAGAAUACCUGAAUCUGCUACUACAGGUGUGUAUAGGAUAAGACAUUUUGGUGCCUCAAAGGGACUUUUGGGAUCAAUUCGCCACUUUGCUGGAUCCUCUAGCGCUUUUGUUGUGUCUUAAAAGAGGGGGAAAAGGGGGAAACAACCACGAACAUAUACACAUGCGACUGAUUGUGGGUAUGUUGUACUUAAUAUGCAUUAUCAAAGUAUAA